AUGGCGUUCCCUGAGUACAACGAAGUUAUUGACGUUGUCAAAGAAGUUACCGCAGGUUCAUUUGAAAUAAAAAUAAACGACGAAUUAAUUUAUUCAAAAUCACAAACAAUGGCGUUCCCUGAGUACAACGAAGUUAUUGACGUUGUCAAAGAAGUUACCGCAGGUCAGCCUCCUAGAAAAAUAACCAAACAGCAGCCAAUUGACUGUAUUAUAAUGUGA